GCGUGCGCCUCGUGCUUGACCUCAGCUUUUAUUGCCUCCCGAGUACUUUGUAGACCUAGCUUGUCGGUGGAAACGCCAAUCGCCAACCUUUUCCCACUUUGCAUCCGUAUCGUCCAUCCCUUCGUCUCUCACCACCGCGCGGCCUCCUCAUCACCACCAUCUGCAUUCCGCAUUCCGCAUUCCGCAUCACCAUCGGCCUCCACGAUUCGACUUGCGCUAUUCGGCCAAGUUGAAAUCCUCCUUGCACUUUCGCAAUCAGAACCAUGCGUCGUUAAUACCAUCCUCCAUCACAAAGAAGAAGAAGCAAACGAACGACGCAUUUCUGCUUUUUUUAUCCCCCUUCUUUUUGCCUCAGCCAAUCUCGGCGUAGUCAGUGUCAGCAGCAGCGAAUUGCUUCCACACCAUGGCUGCCUCGCCCAGCUCCAUGGACGCCACGUCCGAUGUAGAGCAGCCGAGUUCUCCUGCCCAAGCAGAAAGCAAGUCGAUCGCUUCGCGCGCCGAUCUUGACGACGAAGACAACACCAUCAUUGCAACGCCCUCUGAGGCCGCUGAAAAGCCCGCCAGGGGCAAGGGCAGAGGAAAGGACAAAGACAAGGAGAAGGACGCGCAGUCAUUGAUUGGCAAAAUUAGGCAUUUGAAGAAGGAAGACGGGGAGCCUCUUUGGCGCAAAGAUAUCCAGUACGACUUUCUCAGGGCUGUCUUUGACAAUGAGCAAAAGGUCUUCACCAACUCCUACGACCCCGAACUGGAGAAGCAGUGCUUCGCCGACUUGUACAUCGAUACCAUGGCUCGAAGUUCCAAGACAAGCAAGGUGCUCAGGGAUAAGCUGAUGAAUGACCGAGAAGCUGCCAAAGGCAUGGCUAUGGUCUGCUUGCUGGUCAAUAUGGGCCGCAUGAACACUACACUCAAUUUCUUUCCUGAGAUGCGAGCACAACUGCGGACAUACCACGCUAUCCCUUCUCUGCAGGCACAGCAAGACCCUCACGCCUACAAGCAGUUACAGGAUGCCCCGCGACUCAAGUCCAUCUUAAAAGGCGGCGCCGAAGACAGAGAAGAGCCGAAUUCCCUAGAAAAGAUUAAGCAACACGACAUCCCACGCACCAACCCCGUCAAUCUCAUUUUUGUCAUGUGCAACUCGGCGCUGAAGGUUGCAGAGCUUCACUUUCCACCUCAUCGCGAAUUUCAUGAUGUCAUCAUGAAAACUCAAUACACCAGCAUGUCUAGGGCCAAGGCCUUUUUGUGGCUAAUGUGGUUCUACCUAGAAUCCGACUUCACCGAGGAAGGAUGCGAAGAGAACCCUUUCGGAGCCGGUGUUGAUUAUGGCGUUGAUGUUGCCAACCAAGGCGUUCCUGAGCUUCAGGAAAUGACCGAGGAACAGGAAGCUGCGGAAAACGUCGACCCAGAGGUUGAAAUAGAAUUUGGCCACGAGAAGCAGAAAAUCCGUGCGACCAUUUUGGAGAUGGACCAUCAGUUUUUGACAGAGCGGGAGAAGCGUGGGAAAACGCGGCCAUCGAUGGCGGACGACGGUCCCGCCAUCUUGCCUCGAAUCAGACCCUCGAAACACGAGUCUGAUAUGGAGAGCAACCGAUCGACUCCGCCUAGAUUGCUAGCCAGAAAAAUUGCCGCUAUUAACGGACACAGGUCUGCUCCUCUCAAGUAUCAAAUCUUCGAGGGCUCUUCGCCAGCUCGUCAUGGAGCCGAUGGUGUUGUCGCCCGAAAGCCCCGUCCACCAACAGCCCAUCAACUUGCUGUUGAGCGAAAUAGAAGCCAGAGAGUAGAGUACAUUUUAGAUCGUGGCCUGCGAAAACAUCAUCACAAAAGCAGGAAGCUCAGGCGGCAAGAGGGCGCCAUCGUGAGAACAUACAAGCGUCUACAGGCUCAGGCUGAUCCUUUCGAGGACAGCGACGCCGAGGACCAUACUCCACGCAGCUUGCCCGUCAAUGGGGAUAAGGGAAAGAAUGUUUUCAGAGAGCGAGGCAUAGGCGGCCUCUGUCUUUUGGCUACUGACGCAGACGACUACGGAGAAGAGGUAAGCUCGUAUGCUGCCGCCAUUAGACGGUCAACACGGCGUCUUGCCCGCUGGAGGGGCCACGAAGCCGAGCUCGGCGUGAUCCCUAUAAUAAAGAAACCCAAGCCAGCGACAGCCAACGGCAAUACCAACGAUGAAACUCUGGUUGAUGCCUCAGACAAUCUCGCUGCCGAUGGCUCGAAUCCCAAGGUCAAUGGCAGUGCGUCUAAAGAAGAUAAAGAUGUCAACGGCGACGCUGCAAUUGCGGAUGAUGUGGAGAUGGAAGAAGCCGACAACAUAGCACUUGGAGAUGAGGAGGCUGACGAUGCGGACAAGACAGAGGUCAUGGUUGAUUCGGAGGUUGAGUAGCGGCUACGAAUAAAAGCUACGGAAGAGACGAUAACCAUACGGGGACUCAAAAAAGAGUCAUAUUCGGGUUGCUUAUUUGUUUAGUUUUCUUUUUCUUUUCCUUUGCUGCUUUUCUGUCUUUUCAUCUUUUUGGUGCGCAGGGAGGAACUUGUACACAAAGGAUAUGUAUGGCUUCAGGGGGGAAUUAGAUAUCUGGAGGCGUCGAGGCGUUUUUUACUAACGAGCCUCUACUAGUGCUCCGUAACGACAAAAAUUCAAAUAAUUACUACAGGUUUAAAGAAGGAGUAGAAGAAGCUUGAUGUAGAGUCCCUUUGUAUUCUACAUAUUUUCUAUUGCG